AUAGAAAAACAAUUCUUCGUGACAUUGAAUGAUAGUAACAACACAAUAAUUAAUAUUUUUUUUUCUACUCGUAUUAAUAGUGAAAAAAUAAAUAUAUGAUCACAAAUAUACUGAGAUAUGGCUAAGAGAAAAAGUAUCAACAAACGCCUAUCUAGAUACAGUCAUAGAUCCAGUGCAGGAUCUGGCUUUCUGAAUCCAAAUUCAGAAUCACUUGAGGAAGAAGAACCUUUUUGGUGGAAUAAGUUGUCGAACACUACCGCAUCACAUUCCAAAGAAUACAGUGCAUUUAACGAUACAAGCAAAUAUCUACACGCCGAUUCACAUAUUCAAUCAGUUGGUGGAAAUCAUCAAUGGUGGAAAGUACUAGAAACAUCAGAUUCUUCACAGAGUGAAGGACGCAUAGAAGCUGCUCAACAAGAGAUUCAAAAUAAAUAUAUUACAUCUGAUACGGAUGAAGAGGAAACCGAUCUACCAUUGCGAAAAAGGAAAAUUCAAAUACGUAAAAAACCUAACGAAAACAUAAGUAAUAUAUUUAAAAAAGCUUUGGAUGAUUCAAAAAGUUUAGAGUCAUCCGAAUCAAAUUUGCCACAAAAUUCUAUUACAAAGCAUACGAAUGAUACACCACCACCUAGUAAAAAAUCAUUACAAGAAUUAGAUCAUACAAAAAAACAAACAAGUGAAAUUAAGGAUACUAGUAAUAAAAGCACUGAUCAAAGUGAUAUCUCAAAUAAAAUCUUAAAACCUAAGCACAAUAUUUUUAGGAAAAAAUUAAAAAAUAAGAGUUAUAAUGCGUUUGAAAAUCUAUUCGAAGCAAAUGAUGAUUCAGAUAAUAAAUCAGAAAAAAUUGAAACGUCCUCUUCAAAUUCUUCUGCUAAAUUAAUGGACAAAAAGAACACGUCGAAAAAAGAUGUUUUGGACAAAUCAAAAAAAGAAAAAUCCAAACUGUCAUCUUCAGGAGCAACUGUGUUUAAAACAUCCAUCACAAAUCCGGAAACUUUAAAUUAUAACGAUAAUGAUUUAAUUCCUCAAAAUCGUAGUAAUUCUAGCUUUAGUCUUUUAAGUAGCAGUGAGAAGAGUAGCCAUUUACAAUUAAUACCUAAACUUACACAUGAUCAUUCAAAUAAAAGUACAUCCAAAAAUAUUUCUACAAAUCAAAAAGAAUCUUCUAUAGUAGAAAAAAUUGUAGAUACAACAAUGCAUUCUACCACUCCUACAAAAGUUCGUAAUUCUGCCACAAACAAAAUAAUUGAAAGUCGCGAAAUUGGAAAUAAAAACGAAACGUCGUUAGCAAGUGUGAGACAUAUAAAUACUCCGAAUAAAAGUAAAAUGGAGGAUAGUAUAAAUUUAAGAAUAAAUAAUUCUAAUUUAAGAAAAAAUAUCAACGCAUCGCAACGUGAAAGUAUCGAUGAAAGAAAUUUGACAGACAGAAUUAUUGACAAGAGUGCUAAGUUUGAAACAAUAUCUACCGACAUGGCAUCAAAAAAUUUUACAAAUUUAUCUAAUUCUAGAUCUACCGAAAUCAAUGAUAUUGAAAGAAAAAGAAUGUCAUCCAGUUUAUCGUCCGAUAUCGAUGAAAGAAAUUUGGCAGACAGAAUUAUUGACAAGAGUGCUAAGUUUGAAACAAUAUCUACCGACAUGGCAUCAACAAAUUUUACAAAUUUAUCUAAUUCUAGAUCUACCGAAAUCAAUGAUAUUGAAAGAAAAAGAAUGUCAUCCAGUUUAUCGCCCGAGUCAAACAUAAAAAAUAAUACGCGCGAUCGAAGUUUAACAAAAAAUAAUUCAAUGAAUAUUACUGAAAAAGGUGUUAUUUCUCCAGAAAAUCAAAUGCAUACAAUAAACAGUGAUAAUAAGUCAUGGCACACAGCCAAUGUAAUAAAAGAUAUAAGUAAAAAUGAAACAUUAAAAAAAAACAUAUCUACAUUACAGAAAACAAGUAUUCACAAUAUUUCUAACAAGAAUGAAGAAAAUCUAUUAAAAGCUAAUAAUAAAACGUUAGUAAAGGACUUAGAUAUGAAUGCAGUUAGCUUGAAACAAAUAUCUUCAAGAAUAAUGGAUGUUGUCGAUGAUCCUGACGAUAAACAAAAUGCAAACUACAUAGAUUAUCCUAAUCGUGAAAUAUCAGAUAUAAUUAAUACCGAUCGCCAGAAAAAGAUUAAUGAAUACUUUACUUCAACGACUUCCAAAUUAAUUUCUCCGAUCAAUGCAAGACAAUCUAAACAUCUUCAAAGUCUGAGUAAUACUAAGGAAAAUGAAAAAAUCAAGAAAAAGAAAGAAGUGGCUAAGAAACCGAAGAUACAUAUUAGUAAAUUUCUUGAUACACAAUUUGCCACAGAAAAAAAUCCGUCAUUAAAAAAAAAACAAAUAUUAGAAAAAAUACAAGAACUCCGAAAUAUGGAAACAAACAAAUCAAAAACAAAGAAAAUUAUUGAUAAAGCUUAUAUAGUUAACGGAAAAGUGUAUAAAAGACCGAAACUUCCACGUCCACAAACUUGGGUGACCAAUCGUCUUUAUCAAUUCCUUUGGAAAAUAAUGAAACCAAAAUACGAAUUAUUUACAAGAGUGCGUUCUGAAAAAUUUGUGCAAGAACUAUCCGAUGUUGUAUCCAUUAUUACUAAGGCAAAAAAGUACGAAGACUAUGAAACUCUAUUAAAUAAUUUAAUGGAAAACAUGGCUACUGAAGGGAUUAUUCGUACAGCCAAUGAUUUUUAUGAUUUUUGUCAUAAUUAUCUUCCUUAUGAUUUUCGCGUUAAAGUAGUACCUAUGUUAAUACCUGGUAAAGGUAGGAAUAUACCGUAUGAUCCAAAAACCCUGAAUGAACCAAUACUUAAGAUUAUGCAUAGAGUUAAAUGAAAAAAAAUGUUAAUAAUAUAAUAUCAUUAGUAUAACAUAUAUUGUAUUAUUCUA